AGAGACACGCUGUUCCGCACCGACUUCAUCAGAUGAUCCUCCUCUCUGCUACAACUCAGGGUGCCAAGCUUCCCCCGAGAUAGGACCCCCACCGCCCCCCUGCAGGCCUGUCCCCAUCCACCGAGCAGCCAUGGACCUCCCAGAGUACUCUCUGUUCCUGGUCCGCAUCCUGGACGAGCUGGACACCAAGCACAACACCAUGUCCUACCAGGACCUGUGCAAGUCCCUAUGCGCUCGCUUCGACCUGGUGCAGCUGGCCAAGCUGCGCAGCCUGCUCUUCUACACGGCCUGCAUGGACCCAUCCUUCCCCGCCACCCUCUUUAAGGACAAGAUGCGCUGCUCCAUGGAGGACCCCCAGUCCAAGAAGCUCAUGGUGGCGGCGGACAUCGUCACCAUGUUCAAUCUGAUCCAGAUGAACGGAGGCAUCGCCAAAGACAAGCUGCCCACAGGGCACAGAGCCAAGUUCAGCAAGAACCACUCGGUGGAGCUGUGCAGGUCUGACAACGACGCCUACAAGUUCCAGGACUGCGACCGGGGGCUCGGCUAUGAGCCCUCCAGGGACGGACACCAUCACCACCACCAUCACCACCGCCCCCAGCAGAGCCGGGCCCCCCCCUGCCCCAAAUCAUCCGACUGCAACAACUGCCUGCAGUUCAUCCCCACCUCGGACCCCAACUUCCUCCUGGGCGUCAGCAAGGACCUCAAGUGCAAAGCGGCGUCUCUGGACAAGCUGCACCACCUGCCCCAGUACUCCAGCAGCAGCUCGCACUCCCCGCCCUGCGAGAUGCAGAGCACCUACUUCCCUAUGGACAUCGACAGCGAGUCCACCACAGACCAGGAGUCCCUGCAGCACCUCGGCCACCAGGAGCCCUUCUCCGUCCACUCCUGCAUCCAGAAGAGGAACGUCUUCAAGGAGGACUUCCACAACUUUGUGGCCUUUUCCCCACAGGUGAUCACCACGGAGGGCAAACAGGGCAGUAAAGCUGCUGACGGCUACCACCGGAGGGAGCUGCACAAGCCAGCUACCUUCUUCAACCACAGCUUCGAACUGCCCUACAGUAACCCCUACUUUGAGCCUCCGCUCAAUUCGCCUCUCCAGGACCGACGCAGGGUGAAGCACGAGAGCCUGGACGACCUGCAGGCGUCCACGUAUUUUGGUCCGACCACUGUGUCCGAGUGCGUCAGCAGCAGGAAGCACAGCAACAAAACGGGGAAGCAGCCGUCGUGGCCAGUGAAGAGCCUGAGUCUGAACACAGAGGAGGGGCCUCCGGAUUUUGAAAGGUCGUUUCUGAACAGCAAACCGCUCAAAGAAAGUCACCACCGCAACGUCACCAUCAUCAGCAAUGACAGCGAGACGCACUUUCAGAGCCCAAAGGAGAAGGUGAUAGCUUCUCCAUCUGGCUUCGCAAAGAAAACUAACGGGAUAAAAAUGAAGGACGCUGCUCUAACGGCGAGCGGCCCUGCGGGUUUGGAGAAAAGAGAAGCGGCCAAAAGGUUCAGGGAGAAAAACAGCCCGUCCUUUCAGGGAGCGGACACUUCCUCCAGUGUCGGGACUCAAACCGAGCAGGCCGAGCAGAAGAAGGCGAAGGAUUACCCUGCCAAGUACGGCGACAGAGAAAGACACGCUUUCAAACACUGUGAUGAGGAGCCUGAGACCGUCAGCGAUGACAUCAGUGACAUUUUUCGUUUUCUGGAUGAUAUGAGCGUCUGUGACUCUCUGGGCAUCGUCCAGUCGUCGUGCUACAACAGCAACGGGUCUCUCUCUCAGGUAACGCUGAAGUCUGAGGGCGACAGCUCCCCUGAACGCAACACGGUCAAACUCGCCAAGUCCAAGCUGGACCGCCUCUUCCAUUCGCUGGAGAACACGGACGACGAGCUGAAAUCGAGCGUGUGCAAGCUGGUCAUGAGGAUCGGGGAGAUCGAGAAGCUGGAGUCUCUGUCGGGGGUCCGCAGCGAGAUCUCGCAGGUGCUGUCAAAGCUCAACAAGCUGGACGAAAAGAUCCAGGAGCCCGAGGCCAACGGGAGACACGGGGAGACGGCGUCUGCAUCCGCCACCCCAGACAAGCUGCACCCACACCCGGACACCACACUGUCCCCCCGAGUUUUCCAGUGCCACACCACCGGCCACAACAUCAAAAUGGACAGCGGCUCGUCGCCCGAGUGGUGCUGCGCAGACGGAGGUAACAGCGACAGCCUCAGGGUGAAAGCUCUGAAGAAGAGCAUGUUCAUACGGAGGUCGUCACGCUCGCUCAACGAGGAGAACGGCGCCACUGAGCCAAAGGUCGCCAGCAUCACCAACUCUACGCGGGACUGGAGGACGGUCUCGUACUCCUGCCACCCAGGAGACGAGGGCAAGGACAAGGACAGAGACAGCAAGGACAGACACCGCAAAGCCAAAGAGGCAGAGCGAGAGCGUCAAUACGAGCUCCCCCAGGCCCACCACCAGCCGAAACCGCCGAAGGAGUCGUACCUGAGCGAGCAGGUGUUCUCCCCGCACCCCUUCACGCCCUCCAUUAAGGCCCAUGUGAAAGGCAGCCCGCUGUACACCGACCUGAGGCUCACCAGCCUGUCGGACGGGAAGCGCGGCCAGCCGUCCUGGACCAUCGAGGAGUACAAACGCAACUCAGGAGAGAAGGGGAAGCAGCUGACUGCCCUGGACCUGCAGACACAGGAGUCCCUGAACCCCAACAACCUGGAGUACUGGAUGGAGGACGUCUACACUCCCGGCUACGGCUCACUGCUCAAGAGGAAAGAGGCGGAGUUCAGGAGGGCGAAGGUGUGUAAGAUCGGGGCGCUGAUCGCAGCAGCUACCUGCACUGUGAUCCUGGUCAUCGUCGUUCCAAUUUGCACCAUGAAAACAUGAGAGGACGGAGCGGAUCGGCCUAAAAAAUCAGACACUUUUACUGCUGUCGUUU